GUCCUUCCUUCUCAUCCUCCUCCAUUUUUUACUUGGCUCAAGUUUAUUGAGCUUGGCAGCUCGCAGCCGAGCCGCGCGCCCGCGAGCGUUCCUCCUUGUCGUGAGGGGGCGGUUAUCUCCGCACGCGCGGAGCCCGAUGGAGCAAUGAUGCCCGCUGGCGCUCUUGCUCCUCUCAUCGCGUUCGCGGUGGUGUUCCUCAUGCUGUUCGAUGUUGGCGUCUCGUCGUGUGUUGCAGCUGCGGUGGCCACUUCUUCUUCGCCUGCUGGCCACCAGUUGCCCUCGGCCGUCGGCCCUGUUGCCGGUCACCUGCUGCCCUCGGCCGUUGGCCUUCCGCCUGCACCUGCUGCUCCUCGUCGGCGAGGGGCCCGUUCUGCGAGGAAAGUUCGCAAUCGACGAAUGCGUGCAUGCAGGCUGGUUUUUGUUCCUCAUCCACCUGAUCGACGGAAGCGAGACCUGCAACCAGCGACCGCCUCGCGAGGCUUCCUGGAUUGCACGGGGGAGGGCGACGUCAAGAUAAAGGCGCCCAGGCACACGUGCGUCCCGGACGACAAGGACGGUGACAUGAAUAGAAUGCCAUCGAAGACACCCUGAGCGCCCCAUGGGACAAGAACAUCACGAAUGGCACCUUCGGGGUCGGCGUAGCGUGUUCGCGCGAGGUCCUUUCGCGCGCCAACGGCGAGAGCGACCUGGACACCUUCCUCCCGAUGAUCAUGGAGCAGGUGGCAACCCUCGUCCAGCGGAGCGCGUCGCAGAGUGCCACAAUCUGAUGUCCGUGUUUGGAAUGCGCGUAUACGAUAUGGAGUCCGAGCAAGUACGGCGCUCACAAGCUGAUGGUGAUGGCCAAGGCAGCCUGAGUGGGUGCAGGCUGGGCCAGAAGAGUAAGCACGACGUCCUCAGCCAGAUGAACAAAGAGCAGAAGAGUAGCAUGGACAAGACCACCAAGCUCGUCGAGCAGACAGGCCUUAUGAAGGAGUCCGCUUGUGUCACAUUCGCGGACUUGGACAUCCGGGACAUCCGUGAUGACUUAUGGCGGGAGGAUGCCCCACAGUUCAAGAACCAAACCAUGGAGUGCAUGAAGCUGUUGGUGGAGGCUUUUUCCUCGCUUAGCGCGUUUCCAAGUACGUCGAGAACCUCUUCACCUUCGCUGGCGGCCUCGUACUUCGACGACCUCGCUGCGAGCUUCCAGGACGAACAGUGCAUCAACCAGUUCGCUAGUGUCUUGUACGACCGGGUCUUCGUCUCGGAGGGGCUGUCUCCCCUUUCAUGUACAACCUCGCCGCCUUCUGCGGCGCCUCCAAGGACUCCGACCGCAUGUUCUCCGCCGUCUACGGCGACCUUAUAUCUUGAGGACGGAGCGGCGGCGCCGAGCGGCCAAGGCUAGUGCGCAUCGUCCCUCUCUGGGUACAUGCGUAUAUUUUAUCCUGGGGUCUCAGGAUGACCCUGGAGGUCCCUGGAUUCCCUCCAGAUUCGAGAGGUCCCUGGAAGUCCCCACAGGCCUGUAGAUGCCGCCCAAGGCCACAAAUAAGCCAUAUACGCAGUCUAGACCUCGAUCUUCGAAGCUUGAUCCUGUUGUUGGCUGCAAUCCGCUCCCCGGCUGAAGCCCCCACAACGUUAUUGUAAAGGUAGAGCAGAGCGAAACGAUGCUGCUCCGCCCACCUGCUGGCUGAUGCCGUCUGAUGGCUUCACCCCGGUCCUGAGGCUUCGAAUGUUGAUGA